UUACAAACCCCUGCAAACCAAGAAACAACACUAGGAGCCCUACACAAAAAAACUGUCGGCAUUCGGCAACAUCUCAUUUCUUCAACCGUUUGUUCUUGGGCUUCGCGCCGUUCGGAAACCGGGAGCGAGUGGGGGUGGCGCUGCCGACACACGCUCACACAAUGCUGCUUUCAGCUCGGUCUUUCCGCCUCUGGGUUUCGUUGGUGUUGCUCAAAUGUUUGGUUGGAUCUGCGUUGGACUCAUGGUACCCAGCCACCGCCACCUGGUACGGCAGCCCCGAAGGCGACGGUAGCGACGGUGGGGCAUGUGGGUACGGAUCGCUAGUGGACGUGACGCCACUGAAGGCGAGGGUUGGAGCAGUGAGCCCAGUACUGUUCAAGAACGGUCAAGGGUGUGGGGCGUGCUUCAAGGUGAAGUGCCUGGACAAGAGCAUAUGCUCGCGACGCGCCGUUACCGUUAUAGUGACGGACGAGUGCCCCGGCGGACCCUGCUCCAAUGGGCGCACCCACUUCGACCUCAGCGGCGCCGCCUUUGGGCGCAUGGCUGUGGCCGGUGAGGGUGGUCCGCUCAGGAACCGGGGUGAACUCUCAGUCGUUUACCGACGAACAGCGUGCAAGUAUGGUGGGAAAAGCAUUGCCUUCCAUAUCAAUGAAGGUUCAACAGAUUAUUGGCUAUCAAUCCAAGCGGAGUUUAUGGAUGGAGAUGGAGACGUCGGAUCAAUGCACAUCAAACAAGCAAGGUCGACGGAGUGGCUAGAAAUGAGCCAUGUAUGGGGUGCAAACUGGUGCUUUAAUGGCGGACCCCUGGAAGGCCCAUUUUCUGUGAAGGUAACAACACUGUCAACAGGAAGAACUCUCUCUGCAAGAGAUGUCAUCCCAAAGAAUUGGUCACCAAAAGCCACCUACUCCUCUCGCCUCAAGUUCUUGUCCUAAUUAAUUAGUAAUUCCCCCACAACCACAGGCUCCCCGGCAGCCUAGCUAGCUAUAGUCAAGUAACUGUUGUCGGUUUGGAAUUUGGGUUUUUUUUUACUUUUUUAAGAAGAACAGUAGCCGUUGGAGUGCUUAAGAGUUAAGAUGCUCUUUCCUUUAGUAGUAGUAUGUAACCACAUGUGUAGCCCUCUCCAAAGGAGAGAGAGCUGAGAGCCGUAUGUUUUUACUUUUUAAUGAAUUUGGACCGUUGAAUGUGGCAUUGAUUUGUGUUGUC